UUUCUCUGCUUCUCACUGCUAACCAUUGGCAGUGGAUGGAGAGAUGUGGUGCUACCAAAGACCUGGGUUUGAAGCCCACCUCGUCACUGAGCUGCAGAAACAGCAACAGCGCAGCCAGUUCUGUGACACUCUGCUCAAGUCAGAAGGUGUGUCUGUGCCAGCACAUAGCUGCAUUCUGUCAGCAUUCAGCUCCCAGUUUUCCUCCGUUAUAUCCUCUACACCAGCGCCCCCAGCUGGACAGAGUCGUGUGGUGGAGUUUCGGGCUUUUGGUGCCUGCACCCUGCUGCACAUGAUGAGGCUGCUGUACUCUGGGGAGAUGGCGGGAGAGGGGGAGGAGGAAAGGCAAGAGGCAAUUUCUGCUGCAGCCAAGCUGGGCAUCCAUGGCCUCGUGGAAGUCUCAGAAAGGGGGUAUCAAGUCCAAAAUGGGGAAAGAGGAGGCCAUUACGUAGAUGUUGGUGUGCAGACAGAAUCGUUGCUGCGUGAGGAGAGCGGAGGUAGGCGGGGCAAAUGGAGAAGACAGGUGAGGGAUGGGUAUACACUUCUGUGGAAAGACACAGUGCCAAACGGUGAAAAGGACACAUGGACUCAGACGGAUGAGGUGCAGGGAAGCACCGCACACACGACUGAACCAGCAGCCUCCUUUGAGACACUUAAUAUACCUGCUUUGAAAAGUUUCGGACACUCAGAGCUCCAUUUUUGUCCCACCCACAUUCCUCGCGCCCCUGUAACUGUCAUUCACGCACACAAUGAAAACCAAAUCUCUGCACUCCCGUCUCUGCCCUCUGUUCCAGCAGCUUCUCUCGGGGAAUCGACUCCAGCUGGAUGCAGAUCUUUUGUUCUAGGUCAGCCCUAUGCCUCUGUGCCGUCGUCCUUUGCGGUCAGCCAUGUUUCUACAGCAGGUUCAAGCCAAACGUCCGUGUGUGCUGGUGACCAUCAGCAUUGUUGGGCAGACCUUCUAGAAACAGGAGGACAUGUGGCAGCUGAAAACGAGGACGAGGCAUAUGAGCAGUUUCAAGGCAACAUUCCAGGAUUCAUCACCUAUUUCCUAGAUAGAGGGAACAGUUCCCGCCGCAGGCGAGCGGGGAGGAGACGGGGAGCAGGAGUUGGCAGAGCCAGGAGGGCCUACCCGGUAGCGAGGAGACCACGAGGAGGAAGGGGAAUGGGGCUAAUGCAGACAGUGGAUGUUCAAAAGGUCGGGGUGAGUGUGUUUCACAGAAAAUGGGUCCAGAGGUGGACAGCGGAGGCACUCAGGACAGGUCAAGGGGGAGGAGCCACUGGCAGGAAAUUGCAGCUAAAAACCAGAGAUCUUCUGACAUCGUCCAAGACCUGUCAGAGCAGAAGGCCACACAGCAAAGUGUGGGAGGUCAGCGACACUGGAGAAGUGCUGCUACAAAGUAAGAGAGGAAGAGGUCGUGGCAAGAAAUCAAAUACAGCAGAGCGGCAGAGAGGUCGUCCUGUUGGUAGGGGUCGGCGAGGGAGACCCAAAUCAGCAGCAUCAGAUUCUACUGUUUUUACUCCCAUAACAUUCUACAACAGUCAUACCUCCGAUUCUCAGUUGACGUUGCCAUCUACAUCUGUUAGUAUGCUGUCAUGUCCAACCACCUAUGGGACUCCAGCGCCUGCCCUCCUUCACACCACCCAGCUCCCUCCUCUGACAACUCCACCUCAUGAGAAUCAUCAGGAAACUUUUGAAUGUCUGCUAGAAGAAGUUCUGUUGGGUCUCAACCUCGAUGCCGCUGGUCCACGUUGUCAUCCUCCUCCUACAGCAGGUGGCAGUAGUUGUAUUUUUUCCUCUCCUACCCUUAUCAGCAGUCAUCAAGAACAUUGCUCCACUGAGGGUGUUACUGGAGGAAAAGAGGGCACUGGAUUUAGCUCUGCAAACAGUGAAGAGCAGCAACAGGGAGAGGGACCGAUCAGUGACAUUCUGGACAGCUUUCUUCAGUCCUUUGAGCAACAUGUUGAGGCAUGCAACGCCAAGGAAGAAGCGGUGGCACACUGGCAGAGCGGUACAGAAGGCAGCCAGCUUCAGCCUGUGCUCAGCCAAAGCCAGACUCCUCAUCCAGAAAGCUCUGUUCAGCACACACAGGCUCCUGCAGGUUGUGGCUACACGCACAGUGAAGUCAGGCCUUCUCAAACUUCUCCUCAUGUGGACUCAGUCAGUGCUGUCCCACCCUUCAUCCACAGUGACGAUCACUGUCCAGAACAAGCAUCAGUUUCCAGAGUGACUGAGCCGCUGCACAGUGAUGACAUGAGCCUAGAAGCCACAAUGACCCAGGCGCCACCAGAGAUGGCGCCCGCACAGAGCCCCAUUACCCAAGCAAAAGCCAAACAGAUGAAGAGCAGUCAAACAGCUUGUGUUAAAUCAGUGGAGGAAAAGAGAACUUGCAUGAAGAAUCCUGUGUCCUUAAAGGCCCCAAUAACCAAAAUCACAAACGAUCCAAAAGACGAGCAGCAGCAGCAGAUUUCUGAAGGGAAGCAGCGUAAGAACGAGCCAGCGCAGGACACACAAGUUACUACAUUACAGGUACUCAUCAAUCAGGUCAAGAGUCCUGUAAAAACAAACACCAGUUCCUCAUCAAUAACGUGUCCACAUGAUACUGAAAGGAACCAGCAACCAGUAUCCUACAUGAAGACAUUCAGCCCCAAGAUGAAGAAAGUACAGCAGCCACAUUCAAGGGAAACACCACUCUGCCAACCUGUGCACAGUUCUCAAGAUGCCAGUACUCAGCUUGCCCAGCCUAUGAACCAAAACUUAACAGAAGUCACUGAAUGUAAGUUGAAAAGUAACAGGUCCCCCCAAAAUGGACAUCUUUAUUUAUCAGUCAGGGAGAGUUUAGUAGUCCCAAUUCAGCAGCAGCCUGUGGAGUCCUACAGUAGAGACAACCAAGGGACAAACCAAGGAAGACAUAAAGAACAAGAAGAAAGUCAAAAGACACGUGAAGAACAAGAGAAAAACACAGAAAUAUAUGAAGAACAAGAGAAAAAGCAACAAAUGGAUGAAGAAAAAAAGAAAAACAAGGAAAUACACAAAGAACAAAACAAGGGGAUACAUGAAGAACAAGAGAAAAACCAAGAAGGAGAUGAAGACCAAGAGAAUACUCAAGAAACAGCAGAGGAAAACCAAGGAACAUGUGAAGAAUCGACUGUACUCUCACAGGAACAGCUGAAAGGGUCAAUGAGGGUGGCAAGAAAAAGACAAAUGGAUGCAGUGGAGGAGAGGAGCACAGAUGCCACGGUGGUUAAGAGGAUUUGCAUUGAUGAAAUAUCACAGCCAGCAGCUGAGGCAAAUGUGUCCACCUGUGUUUGUGGCUUCAGUCCCACAGAGGAGGAAAUCUACAUGGAGGCCGCUGACGUAGACACCAACGAAGGAGAUGUUUCACAGAGAAACAUUGAUCCCAAAGAGGGACAGAAUGAAUAUUUGACAGAUGAAGAUCUUGAGAGCAGCAGUGAUUCGAUAGUUGACGUGGACGAGAACUGGGAUGAUAGCAGCUUUCUGCUGAAAAUGAAAGGUGAGCUCAGCCAGAUCUCUCCAUCCAGAGAGGCAGCAGGAGCACAUUGUGGUCAGAUGAAUCCUCUUGUUUUGCUGCACUCACACUCGUAUGAUGUUCAUGAAGAUGAAAAUGAAGAAUACAUCGACGUGAUUGAGGGGUGCAGUCCUGUUCCCGGUGUGGUAUGUAUCAACUGGAUGGAUUCUUCAGGAUGUGAAGAAGUGGAAGAAGAUGAAGAGAUUGAUGUGGUUGGACCCGCUAUGGAUUAUGCUUCAUCUUCUCUCAUGCUGUUCUCAAUGCUGUGA